AUGAGUCGGCCCAAUCUCUAUAUUCUCGCGGCGGACAACCCCGCAGCAGUCCUAACUGCGCUGCAAUCCGAUUCCUCCCAAGCAUCGUGUCAGGACGAGCAUGGAUAUUCGCUCCUUCACGCUGCUGCAUCCUACGGACAUAUCGAUCUCCUCCGAGCCCUCGUGCAAGAAUAUCACGUCAACCCCAAUUUGACCGAUGAGGACGGCGAGACUUGUCUGUUCGUGACGGAGACAUUGGAGAUUGCCAAAUGCCUCGUGGAGGAACUCGGCAUCGACCCAGUGCACACAAAUGACGAAGGCUUGACAGCGCAAGAGACGAUCCAGAGUGACGGGUCAUUCCCAGAAAUUGUGACCUAUCUUGGACAAGUCACUGGGAAUGAUACCUCCGAGGCCAUCCAAUCCCUACGAGACGUCCACGCGCCUCCCCCUCUUCCUCCCAACAUCAACAUCAAUCUAGGCACCGUGUCCGAGCAAGAAGUGAAUGGGGAAGCCGGCGAAAUCGACACCGAGUUCCGGAGGAGGAUUGCUGAAUUAGCCGCCAGGGAGGAUUUCCACAGCGAAGAAGGCCAGAAUCAGCUACGAGCGUUGGUAACAGAUGCGAUCAGAGGCGUUGGCGCUGAGACUCAGGACAGAGACAUUCGACGGAGAACAGAGUGA